GUUCAGUUGCUGCCGGUCGCUUCAGUUGGAACAACACGCGUAAUUCCUGAGCGCAUAACGCGACAUUAACGCCAUAAACGUUUGUAUUUAUGAGCCGUUCUCGAUGUGCUCGCUUGGGCAAUGAACAAUAUGCUAAAUGGUAGAGCAGCUUGCAAAUUGAAUAUAGGUUUACAACAACAACAACAGCAACAACAUCAACAACAGCAACCACAACAACUAUCUAGCGACAUGGAGACAACAGCUGUGGAUGCAACAGCUUCGGCAACAGCCUCCGCUUCAGCAUCUGCCGCAGCAUCCACAUGCAUUAAGAUAAACAUUAGCAACUGCAAAUCUAAUCAUCCCGCCAUUCGUUCAAGCAACGAAGCUGGUGGCACGGCCGGUGAUGCUGGCGACGGUGGUGGGGCUGGUGCUGGUGCUGGUGGUUCCCUGCUGUUGCCCACACACACGCAUCACAAUCUGCAACUCGAUAAAAUUUCCGUGCGCUCGAUUAGUUCCGAGGAUAUUUCCAAUGUUGGCAGCGGACGAUGCUGCAGUGCAGCGGCACGAAAUCCGGCCAUAAAAACGGGGCGACGUUUGCAGCUAAUGCAGAUGAUAAUUCUACCAUUCAUACCCAUAUUGGCAUUGAUUGUGCAAACAUCACUAACCCUGCAGGAGAUAUUGGAGUAUCGAGCCGAUGUGGCCGACAUUGAGACGCAGGUGACAAUUGCAACGGACUUGGGCAAAGUUGUGACGCGACUGCAGCUCGAACGUUCCGAGGUGGCCUUCUAUAUCUUUACCAAUGGCAGCAAGCAGCGGGCAAAUCUAACUCAACGCUUUGCCAACACGGAUCAUGCGCUAAACAAUAUGACAACAUGGAGCGAGAUAAGUGUGCCAACGGCGCCCGAUGAGGACGAGGAUGACCGAGAGGUUAUGUUGAAUCGCAACGAGUUCCAGAGUCGCUUAAAUGAAUUUCGCGAACGUGUGCGCUUAGAGCCAGAGGAUAGUUCCAUAACUGAAGUUAUGAAUUGGUAUACAUCCAUUAAUCGGGGACUGCUACAUCAUCUAAACGAGCAAAUUAAAGAAACGGACAACAGCGGCGUUUGGCGCUAUUUGGUGGGCUUUAAGAAUCUAUUAAAGAGCAUUGAGUGCCAGAAUAUAGCCACCUCGUUUGGCAUACGCUACUAUGGCAGAGGGCCGCUCACCGCUGAGAAUUUCGUAUCCUAUGUGCGUUACGAGUUUAUGGCGCGAGAGAUGAUUAAUUCCACCUUGAACUAUGCGCCCAUGCUGAAGGCCAUGUAUACAAAUAUCACGAGUUCCAAGAAAUAUCAUCGCGUUAAGCUCAUGAGCAACAUGGUGUUAAAGAAUAAGCCAAAUAUCUCGGACGAGCGCAGCGCAGUUGAAUAUAAUGAGUUUAUGCACAACUACACGGACGAUUUGCGCAUACUACAAAAGGCGUUGCGGCGACUAAUUAAAGAAUAUGUAGAUAAAACAUUAGUCGAAGCAGAUCGCAAGGAAGCCAUUGGCAUAGCCAUUUUGGUUGUUGUGCUGCUCGUUUCACCCAUUAUAAUCAUACUAGUCAAGAAUGCAGCAGCCACUAUACAGCUUUAUGCCAUGAAUCUAUCCCAGAAGGCCAAGGAGCUGAAGCGUGAGAAACGCAAAAGUGAUUCGUUGCUUUUUCAAAUGUUGCCGCCAAGCGUCGCAAUGCAGCUGAAGCAGACGCAACAGGUGCCCGCUGAGCUCUAUGAAGCGGUUACCAUUUACUUUAGCGAUAUUGUGGGUUUCACCGAAAUUGCGGCCGAGUGCACGCCCCUGGAGGUCGUGACCUUUCUCAAUUCGAUCUAUCGCGUUUUUGAUGAGCGCAUUGAAUGCUACGAUGUCUACAAAGUGGAAACAAUUGGCGACUCCUACAUGGUGGCCUCUGGGCUGCCCGUGAAAAACGGCAACAAGCACAUCACCGAGAUUGCAACAAUGGCACUUGAUUUGCUGGACGCCUCGUCUGUGUUUCGGAUUCCACGCGCCGGCGACGAGUUUGUUCAGAUCCGCUGCGGCGUUCACACCGGACCCGUUGUCGCCGGCAUUGUGGGCACCAAAAUGCCAAGAUAUUGUCUAUUCGGGGAUACGGUGAACACGGCAUCGCGCAUGGAGAGCACCGGCGAGGCACAGAAGAUACAUAUCACCGAGGAGAUGCACGAGGCUCUGCAACAAGUGGGCGGCUACAAGACCGAGCAUCGCGGCCUCAUCGAUGUCAAGGGCAAGGGAUUAAUGAGCACCUAUUGGUUGACCUGUAAGGAUGGGCCGGUGCGUGCGCGUGAGGAAAUUUCGUGGUGUGCGGAUAUGCAGCCAGUUUUUCUGGACCAUCUCAAGUUGCAUCCGCCGACGAACUACAAGCUGCCCAAACGUAAAUGAGGCAAACGCACACAGAAACCGCAAUUUACGAAUCAGCAAAAUUACUACAGUUACCCACCCACUCUCUCUCUCUCUCUCUCUCUCCCUUUCUAUAUAUAUUAUGGUGUAUGUAUGUGUGCGUGUGUGUGUGCGCUAUAUUUUGUGUGUAAACGCCCAGUAGGCGUAAUUAGCCGCACAGAAGCUAUUACUAGUUACUGAAGUUACUAUGUAGUUUUAAUCUCGGCCUCAUGUGCUAGCAAAAUCUAAGACAGAUGUGCUGUGCAUAUGUACUUACAUACAUAUGUACAUGUGUAUGUAUAUAAACAAGUUCCACACUUACUGUAUGCC